CUGUUCUCCUUCUCCACCAUUUUGCCCAAAAUGUCCGCUCCGAAGCUCUUACUAUCAAAACUCCUUCGUCGACGUCGAUACACACACACUCUCUCUUCAUUUUCUAUCUCUUCUUCACUUUCGCUCUUCACACCAUCGCACCACAAUACAGACGCACCUCACAAUCACGGAACCAAAACCUUCCAACACAAUCUUCACUUCCCAUCGUCCAUUGGACCCUAUAGUUUCUUCUACUCUCGCUCUUUCUCAACUCGUGAUGACUCAGAUUACGGAGGAGUCAAUCUUAGUGAUGACUCAGCGGCGACUCAGUCCGAGGAGAUCUUGGACCCAGGGCUUGGUGGUGGUCAGGAAAUUGCAGAGACAGUGGCUGGAGCUUCAGAGUCUAUUCUUCCGGUUCGUGCUGUUAUUUCGUUGCUUGAUGGAUACCAUGAUCUCACUGGCUUGCCUUGGUGGAUAAUAAUUGCUUCCUCCACUUUGGCUCUCAGAAUCACAUUGUUCCCUAUUCUUAUCUUGCAACUUCGUAAGUUACAAAGGAUUGCAGAACUGUUCCCAAAAUUGCCUCCUCCAUUACCACCACCUCUGUCAGGAAGGAGUUACAUCGACCAUAUUUCAUUCUUCCUUAAGGAAAAGCGAGCGGUUGGAUGCCCUUCUUAUUUAUGGUUCCUUGCAUUCUUCUCCGUCCAGGUCCCAUGCUUUUUCUUGUGGAUGGCAAGUAUCCGAAGGAUGUCGCUGGAUCAUCAUCCUGGGUUUGAUUUUGGUGGAACUCUAUGGUUCCAGAACCUGACUGAAUUACCUCAUGGCAUUGUUGGCUCCAUCUUUCCUUUACUGAUAGCUGGUUUGCAUUUUGUUAAUGUUCAGAUUUCUUUUCGGUCAUCUUCCAUUGGAAAAGCGAAUGGCUUGUUCGGCUUAUUAGCCAAAUAUUACAAGUACUAUUUGGAGAUCUUGACACUACCCAUAUGUUUUACUGGAUUUUUUGUUCCUCAGGGAAGCUUAGUCUACUGGCUUACCAACAGUACUCUAACUCUUGUUCAGCAAUUAUCUCUCAACCAUCCUGGUGUUCGCAAGAGUUUGGGGCUACCUGCGAAGGGUGAACCAGCCAAAGCUGCAAAUCGUGAAGAAAAGGAUACACCUGGAACAACACUAUUAGAUCCACCAAGGAACCAGCAGAAAAUUUCAGUACAAAACCUAUCCCCUCCAGAAUUACUUCGACUUUCAAUCCAACUAUUAGCAAAAGGGCAUAAAGAUAGAGCAAUUCCAUUGCUACGACUGGCACUUGACAAGGAUCCUGAUUACGUGAGAGCCUUGGUUGUUAUGGGGCAGACACUAUUGCAAAUGGGACAGCCAGUAGAGGCUACUGAAUUCUUAGAACGUGCUAUCUCCAAGCUCUUCCUUAUUGGCCAUCCAACAGAAGUUGAGGAGGUCGACCUCUUGAUUCUCGCAUCUCAGUGGGCCGGUUCUGCCUAUGUACGGCAGGGAAAAGUUGCAGAUGGAAUUAUACACCUACAAAGAAUAGCACAUCUGAAAGAGCCGGAGGAUUCAAAGAGCAAAGCUCAUUAUUACGAUGGGUUGCUGAUGCUUUCAAGUGCUUUGUAUGGCGAAGGUCGUAAAGUUGAGGCUGCGAAAUAUUUGCGCUUGGCCGCUGCUUACAAUCCUGCUUAUAAUGAGUACUUGGAACAAUGUGAAAAGGAGGAGGACAAUUUUGUAAGUGAUCUUGUUAGCAGUAGGAGAAGAGAUUACUGACUCCCACUAUUCCUUAAAUGAAAUUAAUUUUUUUUCAUUCUUUUCAUCUCAACUUUCUAUAUAUUGUAAUUGAUUUGUAUCUGUAAUAAACUUGACCAUGAAUAAAUUUUGCUUUUUAUAUGAUAUGAUAUAUACAAAUUUUCAA